GACGCUUUUCCUGGAGUCCAGCUUGAAGCUGGAUGUUUAUAGCAACAUCUGACAGGACGCGGCCAUGUCUCCUCUCUUGUCGUUGUUGAUCCUCCUGUGUAUGCUGGAGGUAGGCUGUGCUGAUUUCCCCGGGACUGAACAGCCGGACCGCGAACACAGCAUAGAGAGGAUCGGUGCUGACAAUGAGACGGAGGUGUGGGAGCUGCUGGAGAAUGAGACCCACCAGAGGACAGAGGGGCCCUCCACCCCACUGCAGCCUGUCACCUCGGCUCUGCCACCUGUCAGCCUGCCCCCUGUACUGGUCAGAGAGUCCGAGUCGUUUGAUGGAGUUCAGACUCGCUCUGUCCCCGUGCUGGUGAGCAGUGUUUCCAGCCUGUGUGUUUGUGACCUGUUGGUGGCCCAGUGUGAUGUUAACUGCUGUUGUGAUCCUGACUGCACUGCUGCUGACUUCAGCGUCUUCUCUGAAUGCUCGGUUUCUGUAGUCGCUGGUGAUAGACAGUUGUGCGCACAGGAAUCUGUUCUCUACUCAAUCAAUACCUCCACAAAUGUCCCUCAGAUGGUAACAGAAACCGUUCAAUUGGUUAACCCCAAUGUGUUCUGUAUUCAAGCAACCAACUACCAACCAGCUUUGUCCUAUAUAACUCCGGAUCAACCAACAGCGACAAAUUUUGACAGUUUACUUGGAGAGUUUGGUGGAAAGCAAUUUAAUGCUAAUACUAAUGUACUAAAUGCUGUUGGCUCUGCUCAAGCCCGUAACCUAUCCCGAUAUGAGUAUGGUGUACCUAUUCUUACUCCAGACUCUUACCUAAAGCUUCCAGCUCCUCUGGGGACAAAAACGUGUGUUGGCAGUAACCCUAUAGGCUUUUUGGAGAGACAGAAUUUUACAUGCACUCAAGAUGUACAGCUAGAGAAUUGUUCAGUUCCUGUCUUGACCCUGAGAACUUAUUCAGGCAUUCAGAUCUUACCUGUACCAAAUUCACAAAGUGGGAUUAAUGUGACUGUGCAGGCUGUUACAAUGCAGUCUAUUGAUGGCACUCUUGUUAGAGGAAAUGUUAGUGAGCAGACACCAUCCUAUAACAGUAGUACACAAAUCUGUACCAACGUGGUUCUGGGGGGAAGUUACUCCAUAAUUUACACAGCUAAGGGGGAGAUAACAAGUGUCCUGGCGUCUUUCAUCCUUGGAACAAUCAACAGGAACCCUUUUCAGCAAUCCUUCCAGAUCAGUUUCACAGAGGAAGGCACAACACCAACCGCUCUCGGUGGAAACCCAGGCUAUGUAUUGGGAAUGCCUCUAAUUGCUGGCUUUAAGUUGCCACAAUCUGGCAUUAUUCAAAGCACCAACAGAUUUGGACAACUAACUCUGCUCAAGAGCUCUAUAGACCAGAGCUGCUUAACAGAAGAAGGGAAUCGGGCUGCUGUGUUAUUUGGGUAUAACAUGAUGUCUGGCUGCAAACUCCGCUUAAAUAGUUUCAAUUAUACCAUAGCUGAAUUUUGCCAGCUUGCAGGAGAUAUCAUUUUGAAUGCACUUAAAGGACAGCAGUUUCCAGAGUAUGUGGCCCAGUUUGGAAAUUCACAACUGGAGAAUGUUUUAGAUUGGGUGGCAAUCAAUACGGUCAACCCUGGACAGCAAGCCAGUACCCAGGCGAGUAUGUGUAAAAUCCCAGUUUCUUUGGCGUUGGAAGUCAGAUGGACAAAAUUUGGUUCUUUAGUAAACGCUCAAGCACAGAUUGUGAAUGUGACCGAAACGAUCUCUUACGCAUUUAUCCCUAAUAACUUGGGAAGUGACAGGACUGUGCAGAUCUCUACUGCUGUGACCUUCCUUGAUGUGUCUCAAGCGGCAAGCCCUGGUUACAAAGCUCAGCCGACCAUUGAUGCCAAGUUGCCCUUUGAUUUCUUCUUCCCCUUUGCAUAAAAACUAGCAGGUAUCAGUUUUCUUACCUACAAGAAGGUCCACCACUGUUAUGCCAUUGACAUUGUCUAUAUGGAAACAUUAGGACUUCAAACAUCUGUGGAUCAUUUCUAAAACUUUUAUAAGAAACAGACAUAUAUUGGUGGCUGGCCCAUCAAGCCUUUAUUUUAGAUAAAGAAUAUUUGAUUAUAAAAGUGUGUACAAAAUCAUUUAUUUAUUAAAAAUGUACAUAU